AUGGCGACCACAAAAAACAAGUACUCCGUCAUCCUGCCUACCUACAACGAGCGGCGCAACCUCCCUAUCAUCACUUGGCUGAUCCAGAAGACCUUCAACGAGAAUAACUUGGACUGGGAAAUCAUUGUUGUUGACGAUGGUUCCCCUGACGGGACCCUCGAGAUUGGCAAGCAACUUCAGCGCCUCUAUGGCCCUGAACACAUUGUACUGAAGCCUCGCCAGGGGAAGCUCGGGCUGGGCACCGCCUACGUUCACGGUCUCCAAUAUGCGACAGGAAACUUUGUUAUUAUCAUGGACGCCGACUUCAGCCAUCACCCCAAGUUCAUUCCUGAGAUGAUUCGAAUUCAAAAGGAGACUGACGCAGAUAUCGUCACGGGCACCCGGUACGCGAAUCGUGGGGACAUCAAGGGCGGCGUUUAUGGCUGGGAUCUUUUCCGCAAGUUUACGUCGCGGACGGCCAACCUCAUUGCCGACGUCAUGUUGAUGCCCGGUGUCAGCGAUUUGACGGGAAGCUUCCGUCUCUACAAGAAACAGGUCCUGGAAAAGGUCAUUGUUAGCACACAGAGCAAGGGCUACAGCUUCCAAAUGGAAAUGAUGGUGCGCGCCAAGGCGAUGGGGUACAAGGUCCAGGAGUGUCCCAUCACAUUUGUGGAUCGUCUGUACGGCGAGAGCAAGCUUGGAGGAUCUGAAAUCGUCGAAUACCUGAAGGGUGUUUUCAAUCUCUGGCUAAAGGUCUAA